GGGCGCAGCCACCCGGAUAAACCAAGUACAACCCAGCCGGGCAUAAUCCCCGACAAGUCACGGGUUUGAACCCAGGCAGUCUAUAGCAAACAUCCACGACCCAGAAAGAAAACAUACAAUCGAUCCAUGGAAGUAAGGGCCUUCCAUCCAGCCAUCCAACACAGGAUAUCCUAUCCACCAGAGAAAACGACCCUCGACAAAGCUAGUAAUGCGACGGCAAGUAGGCAAGUACUAGAAGUACAUACAUACAUACAUACAUGCUUACAUACAUGUAUACCUACCUACAUAAAGAAGCAUUGCGUCUUUUCAUGGAAGCAAACCCCGGAAUUCCAAACCGGAAGGGUUGAAGUGUGCAAAGGAAAAGAAAAGGCAACCAUAGACAUGAUGAAUCAGGAUUCAUUUCUCUGUUUCUUUUUUUCUGAAUAGGAGGAUUACCAUGUGUUCCUUUUUUGUGUUUCUCAUUUUGUAUACUGCGAGGUUGUGCUUUUUCUGGUUGGCUGGUUGGCUGCUUUGGUCUUUGGAUUGGUCGAAAUCGCU